AACCUAAUGGUUACUAUUUGGCAAGUUUUAGGUGUAGUUUUAGAUUAGAACUUUUCUACAACAAUGUCUUAAAUGUACUUUACAAUUUAUAUAUUUCUCUGAUAAUAAAAAAUAUUUCAUUGUGUUGAAAUUCAGUGAUAAAACCAAAAAACAGGUUAUUCUAAAAGAUGAACUUAUCGAAGGAUUGUAUUGAGGUUCCGCUUUACUAUAAUAUACACUCAAAGGAAGACUUUAUUUUUCAAAUCCAAUGUAAAAGGAAACCUGCUGUAUUAAGAGGGUUAGACAUCGGAGACUGUUGUGAAAAGUGGUCAGCUGAAUACUUGACACAUCACAUCGGACAUUUAGAGGCAAAAAUACAUGUUUCGUGUGAAAGUAAAAUGGACUUUAUCAACAAAAACUUUUCAUAUAAAACAUUAAGUUUAGCGGAGAUCAUUAAACGAGCUUCUGCAACGAUAAAAGAAAAUUACUUCUUCCAACCACAGGAAUAUUAUUAUUUAAGAUCUCUGAGCAGUGAGAGAAGGGGACGUGAAGUUUCUGACAUUACAAAACAAUUUGCUCAAAUAGCAGAUGACAUUGUAAUACCAAAAUUUUUCAAUGAUGAUGAUUUCUUUUCAAGUGUUUUGAGAGUUAGUUCUGAAGGUGUUCAGUUGUGGACUCACUACGAUAUCAUGGACAACAUAUUGAUCCAAGUACAAGGAAGAAAACGUGUUGUACUGUUCGAUCCAUCUGACAUCAGUUAUUUGUACAUGGAGGGUGAUAAAUCUCGUGUGCUAGAUAUUGAUGAACCAGAUUUAACUUUAUUUCCAGAAUUCACAAAAGCAACAAAAUAUGUUUGUACUUUGGAGCCUGGUGAUGUUUUAUUUAUUCCAGCACUUUGGUUUCAUAAUACACUAGCCCUAACAUAUGGGGUUGCAGUGAAUGUCUUUUGGAAAAAUCUUGAUCAUGAGCUAUAUGAUAGGAAUGAUUUCUAUGGAAAUAAAGACCUUUUACCAGCUGCCAAGUUGCACAGAACACGAGACUACAAAGUGAAACGCACGAAUCGGUUACUGGGCAGAGACUGUAGACUGAGACUGAGGAGGGUUGUGCGGAUAUGA